UGCGCAUGGGAGUACGGUAGAUGGGUGGUACAGGUUCCUGAAUCGCUGCAUUGCAUUCAGCAUUCUUCUCUUCGUCGGAGCGAAAUUGAGCUAGGGUUUCUGCAUUUCCUCGAUGGGGACUGUUUCGUCUGACGACGACGCUUUCGACCAGCAGAGCGAACGGUUCGGAAGCUACAGCUUGAGCGCUGAUGUGAGCGAGUCCGAGAGCUGCAGCAGCUUCUCCGGUCGCCAGUACAGCGCCGAUGCUGACGCCGCUUCGAGCUCUCCGGCGUCUCUUGCUCUCGCUGCCGGAAAGUCCGUUUCCUCGGCACCGGCGCCGGAACUGAUGCUUGCUGUCGGCGGCAGAGAUGUGGUCAUGUGGGAAGGAAAGGGGGAGAAGCGAGAGACUGAUUUAUCUGUUGCAGAAGUUGAGAUGAUGAAGGAGCGGUUCGCGAAGCUUCUCCUUGGUGAAGACAUGUCUGGUGGAGGGAAGGGAGUUUGCACUGCUCUUGCAAUCUCAAAUGCCAUCACCAAUCUCUCUGCAACUGUUUUUGGGGAGCUAUGGAGGUUGGAACCAUUGGCGCAACAGAAGAAAUCAAUGUGGUGCCGUGAAAUGGAAUGGCUGUUGUGUGUCAGCGAUUCCAUUGUUGAACUCAUUCCUUCCUUGCAAGAGUUCCCUAGAAGCUGUGGUGGCAAGACCUUCGAGGUGAUGGUGGCCCGGCCCCGCUCUGAUCUCUACAUCAACCUCCCGGCUCUCAAGAAGCUCGAUGCCAUGCUUCUCAGCAUGCUUGACGGCUUUCGGGACACAGAAUUUUGGUAUGUUGAUCGUGGGAUACUGGUGGGUGAUGCUGAUGAUGUUGGUGCCUAUCCUUCAUCGUCUUCUUCCUCUGGUAGGCCUUCAGUGAGGCAGGAAGACAAGUGGUGGCUCCCGUGCCCCAGGGUCCCAUCAAAAGGGCUGUCAGAUGACAUGAGGAAGAGAUUGCAGCAAUGUAGGGAAUGCGCUAACCAGAUCCUCAAGGCUGCCAUGGCAAUCAAUAGCAGUGUGCUUGCAGAGAUGGAGAUUCCCGAUGCAUAUUUUGAAAGCUUGCCAAAGAGCGGGAAAUCUUGUCUCGGCGAUAUCAUCUACCGCUACUUAACGGCUGAUCAGUUUUCACCAGAAUGUCUCCUUGAUUGCUUAGACCUGUCAUCAGAACACCAUACUCUUGAAAUAGCAAACAAGAUUGAGGCUGCCAUACACGUUUGGCACCAUAAAAGCCAAAAGAAACGAUUGCAACGGACCAAGACACGAAGACCAUCGUGGGGUGGUAAGGUCAAGGGUCUAGUUAAUGAUACAGAGAAGAGCCAUCUUCUAGCACGACGUGCGGAGAGCCUCCUACAAUGCCUGAGGCUUCGGUACCCUGGCCUCUCUCAGACAGUAUUGGACAUGAACAAGAUUCAAUACAACAAGGAUGUAGGCCAGUCGAUCCUUGAGAGCUACUCCAGGGUUAUGGAGAGUCUGGCAUUCAACAUAAUGGCGAGAAUCGAUGAUCUGAUUUAUGUUGAUGACACAACCAAGCAAUGUGUGGCAGCAGAGACAGUUUCCAUGUUUGCAAGGGGAGGCUUGGGGGGUCUUCCCAUACAGAAGAGGAUUUCACCCAGCCCUUUCUCAAUCCAAAACACCCCCUACAUGUCACCGUUUGCAACGCCAACCUACUGUUCUAGUCCAGUUGUUAGUAGCCCGAGAAGGCCACAUCCUUCCCUUGGUAAGGGCAAUCUUUGGGCUAAACAGGAUGGCAAACUGGAAAAGAUGGUUCCUGGCGAUGUGGAGAGAGCCUGGUCAUACGCUGGUAACCUGAGUGCGAGACAGGAUUUAGGGGAUGCUCCUGAGCGUGACUAACUGAGAAGGCAUUGACCGAAUGCAACUUACAGAGUUGGAUUUGCAAUCAGUAGUCGGAGUCCUAAGAUGGAUAGGAAUCAUGGCAGAGGCUGAGUUAUCAGAGUAGUAGUUUGGAUGGCGACUUUCCUCUUGUAAAGGAAUGGGAAUAACAUAGAUAAAGUUUUGAUCUUAGUUUCGCAUCAGCUGCCUGGUGAGAAUUGUCUAUUUUAUCUGUGCUUUUUGCCUGUAGUCCUGAAAUUGAGUUCUCACCCCCUUGAAAAAUUAUCAUGCCUAAGCUCUUUUCUAUUUUCCUGAUGGAUUUAAUACCAGAAAAUAGCUCACGCUAACCACAUUACUUUCAAUAGUAUAUCUGAAGUGAUAGAAUUUCUUGAAGCUGUUUCAUGCAAAUUCAUGUCUUUAUAUGUAAAUAUGCUCAGUAUGUAGGAUUGAUUGUGAUGACAAGUCUCUGUUUCUUCA